CAUGCUGCUCUACCAGAAGACUGGAAACCUAUGAAGGAUGGCUCAAAUGUAAAGCGUUUACCAUUACAAAGAACUGAUCCUGAGUUUCAGAGAAUUGAACAGAGAUUCUUGACUGAGUUAAUCAAUGGGAAGUAUGCUAAUAGCCCUGGUCACAAGUAUGACAAAAGCAAGACGAAAGUGGAGACGAUUGACAAAAUUCAAUAUAAAGCUCUGUGCCGUCAAUAUCUAACAAAGAAAAAAUGCUUGGAAGAAAGCAACCCCAAUCGCCCAGCAAACAUGCCUCUGGAAAGGGAACUGUGGCACGGAACUAAUCAAAAUGCAAUGGACAGCAUCAUCCUGCAUGGGUUCAAAAGGAGUUACGCUUGGGAUAAUAUUGGAAAGCCCUGGUGGGGUCAAGGAGUCUACUUUGCCCCAGACGCAUCCUACUCUGCUCGGUCAUGGAUGACAGAGGCUGACUGCUAUGGUAGCAAAGGAUAUGUCUUACUAGUGAAAGUACUCACUGGUCAGUUUCUGAAAGGAAAUCCAUACAUGAGGUACCUACCACCAAUAGAUAAGAACAAUCCAUUGGUUUUGUAUGACUGUGCAGUGGACGAAGAACCCCAUGGAGUUUGUCAUCUUUAA